UGGGGGACACGUGGAGGGGCCGGGCUCAGGGGCCGUGAGCCGCACGUCGCUUGACUUCGAAGGGACACAUCCGGCCGGUGGCCGCCGGCGUCGGGUGAGUCCCGCUCCGCCAGCGGAGCGCAGGGCGCGCGGCACGGGCACCGAGGGCAGGAGGCGCGGGGGACUCGGCACCUCCCCCGGGGUCUCGCGUUCGCAGACUUCUCGCCCGGGAGGAAGGCAGUCGUCCGAGAAGAGAAGCCGAGGUGUCUUCCUGGAACGGUGCACAGGACCGACUGGACGCCCUCAGGAGGGACGAGGAUAUGGAUCAAUUGAGGCAGAUCAUCUCCUUAGGCCAGCUUGUCUACAACCAGUGUGAAGAGAUGAAAUACUGCCAGAAACAGUGCUGGCAUCUAAGGAACCAUGUCCAUGGCCUGCUGCAGCCUCUGCAAAUGCUCCAGGCCCGAGGAGAGAGGAACCUGCCCACCGAGAUAACCACUGCCCUGAAACGUUUCCAGGCUGCCCUAGCGGAAGCUAAGGAACGGAUAGAUAAGUUCAGCAAUAAAUCCAAUAUCCAGAAGUUUCUAACAGCAGGGCAUGACAGAAUACUCUUCAGUGGAGUGAACAAGAGGCUGAGAGAUGUCUGGGAGGAGUUCUCACUGCUGCUUCAGGUCGAUCAAUGGAUGCAUAUUUCAAGCAUCAGCCCAGGAGCAUUCUGGCAACAGGAAGAUCAAUAGGAUGCAGAGGAAGACAGGAAGGUUAUCCAAGACUGAGAAGUGGUAAGGAAAAAUGAAACCAUAGAAACUUUAUUGAGACAGUUGGGAAACAACACAAAGAAAACCAUCGAAAUCUUGAGAAGCUCUUUGGAAUCGUCCUCUGGGAAAUCGCCACUGGGAAAAGCCCGUUUGAAGGUAACCAGUGUGAAAGUUGGCUCAGAUGGCUGUGAUUCCAAGAAGAUCUACCAGCUGGUGGCUGUGGACCACCGGCACCAGGGGCCAGUGGAUAAAGAUUGCCCUUCACAGUUGCAGGAGAUCAUUGAUGAUUGCUGUGCAUAUGAGCCCUCCAGGAGGCCCUGUGUUAAAGGUAGGGCUUUUUCUGGUCUAAAGAGCAUGGGCCACAUGUGUUACUUAACAUUUGUGAAAGAUUUUCCUUAUGUAUCACAACCAGGGGUUGUUUUCCUCUUUGGGGGACAUUUGACAAUGUCUAAAGACAUUUUUGGCUGUGACAACUCAGGAGAGGUGGGGUGGGGUGGACAUGCCACUGGCAUCUAGCGGAUAGAAGCUUCUUAACAUCCUACAAGGCACAGGACAGCCCCCUACAACAAAGAUUAUCCGGCCCAGAUAUCAAUAGCACAGGAGAUCAGAAACCCAGCCCUAAGGGCAUUGUUUAGUCUCAAGUGGGUUGUGAAGGCAGAUUACUCCAGCCUAUAUUCUUUCUCUCCCUUCCUCCUCUUUUAUCAACAUCCUGUGGGUAAUUUCCUCUACUCAGACUUUUUUUUCACUAUGUUAUCAGCUGCUCCUCCGUUUCUUUACACCAUCUCCCUCCCUGGGAAUGUCUCCCUCCCCCACUCUAGAUCCACAUUUCUCAGACUUUCCACAAAGCUCCAGACACAAGAGAACAUGAUUCACAGGCAGUGUCCCCGGAUUGGGGAAGUGUUUCCCCUGAAGUUGCUACAGAGUUCAAAGAUACAAAAUAAUGUUUUUCUUAUCUUUAUUGUGAUAUGUAUCACAGUACAACAGUGUAUAAAAUAUAUAUGUGCGGGCUUCCCUGGUGGCGCAGUGGUUGAGAGUCCGCCUGCUGGUGCAGGGAACACGGGUUCGUGCCCCGGUCCGGGAAGAUCCCACAUGCCGUGGAGCGGCUGGGCCCGUGAGCCAUGCCCACUGAGCCUGCGCGUCCGGAGCCUGUGCUCCGCAACGGGAGAGGCCACAACAGUGAGAGGCCCGCGUACCGCAAAAAAAAAAAAAAAAAAAUAUAAUAUAUAUAUAUAUAUAUAUAUAUAUGUGCAAUUUUUUUUAAGUCAGAGGAAAAGAACAUCACAUAUCCACCCUGGUUAAAGACUAGAACAUUGCCACAAACUCAGAAACCACCUAUGAGUCCCUUGCUUUCACAUUCCUCUCCCCUCCUCCUGGAGUAGCCACUGUCCUAACAUUUUGGUAAAAAUUUGUCUAUAGUCUUACAACCUAGGUACACUCUAUUAUUUGGUUUCUCCUGUAUGAGGACUUUUUGUGAAUGAUGUCAUGCUGUAUUCUACCAUAACUUGCUUCAUGUGGUCAAUUAGUAUGAGCAAAUGAUUUGAAAUUCAUCCAUGCUAAUGUGAUGGUUUCAACUCAUUCGUUUUCACUGCUGUACAGUAGGCCACUAGAUCACCAUGCACCUUACUUACCCCUUCCACUACCGAUGGAUAUUUUAGUUGUCCUUCGGAACCACUCCCUUAAACAUUCUUGCGCACGUUUCCUGAGAAACACAUGUGAGAGUUAUCUUGAGUUAGAGACCUGGGGGUGGAGUGCAUUGUUAAUUGAAGAUGCAAUGCCUUGAGAGAGGAACUAAAGAGACAGAUGUCCAGGCUUUGGAGGUAGUGCCCCAAGGACAGGACCACUAAUUACAGAGGUGUCUGGCACGAGGGCUGUCCUUCAAGGCCUUCUCAUUUGUGGUCCAUCGGGAAUCAUGUGAACAGUCAUGUUAGCGGGUAUCUCAUCUCUCCCCCUCCUUCACCCCCAUCCCUACCUUUUGGGGUGAAAAAUCAAAACCCUGGCCUAGCUUCUAUCUGAAACUUUUUCUUUGCCACCACAGCGUAGAAGAGGAGAUUCAAUGGUGCCUCCUGAAGAAUUAGCCUUCAGGGUGGAUGAGAAGCUGACAGUAUUUUCUAUAGUACCUUCCUCUCCUUGAAAUUCUCCUUUGUCUUCUUCCUCCUCUUUCCAGGCUCCUUAAACCCAGGGUCCUCCAGGUAUUAGAGAAUCUAAUACCUGAGACUAAUUCACACUAAGAUGUGAGCUUACCCCUUCCACAAGCUAGUUGUAUUUUGAAAGUUGACAAAGUAAGAGGGAUUGUCAUAUCACAAAGGCAUGAAUGCCAAUGGUGGCUUAGUUUCCAGCCAGACCAAGGGGAAUGCAGUUUCUACAGUAUUGUGUACUUUGGAAAUGUCUGUGUUUCUAAUGUGGCUCUUGGUUCCUGCCCUUGUCUAACUUUCUGUUCAUUCAUUCAGAGAAAUCUUAGAGAGACUGUCUACUUUUUGUUAAGCCAAGUAUUGAAACUGAAACUGAGUCCCUGAACAAGGAGCUAGAAGAGCACAAGCUGGGCAUCUUUCUCCCUCAUAUCCUUCAGCAUGGAGUUAUUUGUGGGUGGAGGAAGGCAGCACUUGUCUGUUACAAAUAGGAAACAACUCCAGUAAUACAGAGCCCAUCCCACUCCAAAUGAUAUUGUCAAAAAUACACCUCUGAUGGUAACUCUGAUAGAUGUUUUACAAAAAUGUAUCUCUCUCUGGAUCCACACCUCUUGGCAAUUCUUGAUUUUUUUAACCUAGAACAUUUUUUAAGUAAAAAAAAUAAAAAAAGGUAAAGAAUAAACAUGAACAAGUUGAACAUUGAAAAUGAGUCUUUUCUAGAGCUUAUCAUCAGGUACUACUAUUUUCAUCUUUAAAAUCUUUUGUUCUCUUUGCUAUAGGAGCUACAGUGAACAUGCUACCUUAUAGAUUAAUUAUACACACUCUAGCAGGCCCACAGGCAGAGGUAGAUUUACUGUGAAACUAAUAAAGCUUAAUCUUCAGGGCCCCUCACUCGCACAAGACAUCUUCCAAAGUCUGGUACCUAAUUUUUUCCUCAACAUUUAUAAAUAUAAAUAUUUUCAAAUACACGGAAAAGUCAGUAGAAUUAUACUCUGAACAUCUGUAUAGUCACCACCUAGAUUCUAUACCUAACAAUUCACUAUAUUUUAUCACAUGCAUAUCAAUCCGCCCCUUCCUCUUACCAUCCAUUGAUCCUCCUUGUUUUUUAUGCAUUUAGAAGAAAAUUUCAG